AUGCAGGGAAUGUGGGCGGCUGGGCAGGCGGCGGCGCGCCUCUGCCGCGGCCUGUGCUUCGUGGCGCUCUGGUACGGCAGCAUCUGCGCCGGAUUCCUCUUCAUCUUCUGCCCGCUGCUGCCGCUCGCCCUCCUGCACCAGAAGCUGUACCGCACUAUCACCGACGUCGUCUUCUCCAUGUGGGAGCUCUACCCAACGGCUCUGAUGGAAUGUGUGCUGGGAGUACGGAUCGUGGUGACGGGUGAUGCGGUUCGUGCAACGGAGCACGGUCUUCUGGUGAUGAACCACCGCACGCGCACUGACUGGAACUUCCUGUGGGCUGCCAUGUUCCAUGCCAGCCAGCCGGCUGCACACCGCCUCAAGAUAGUGCUCAAGGAUCCCAUUAGGCACAUUCCAGGACCUGGAUGGGUAAUGCAGCUAACAUGUUUUAUGUUCAUACACCGGUGCUGGGAGAAAGACCAGCAGCUGCUGGCCACAGUUUUGGACUACCUUCAUGACAUCAACCACACUUGUCAGGUUUUGCUGUUUCCGGAGGGCACAGACCUCACAGAAGGUAGUAGGCAGCGCAGUCACAACUAUGCAGACAGCCACGGACUGCCACAUUAUCAGUAUGUGCUGCAUCCCAAGACCACUGGAUUCACAUUCCUGGCCCAGCGAAUGAGAUACAAUGGCCACCUGGAUGCAGUGUAUGACAUGACUGUAGGCUACCCAUGUUCUGUACCUCAACAAGAGACAGAUCUCUUGAAGGGAAAUUUCCCUCAUGAAGUUCAUUUUCAUGUCAAAAGGUACCCCGUCUCCGACCUGCCUACGGGUGAUCCCGAGUUGCGGCAGUGGCUGUCCAGGGUAUGGCAGAACAAAGAGAACCUCCUGCGAGACUUCUACACGAGAGGCGGCAGCUUCUCCCGGGCUACCACCCCCGUGGGCACAUCACCGCCAGGUUCCGGUAUGGCGCCGGUUUUGCCAUCUCCUGACUAUUCUGGCCUCGAGCCGCUCGACAGUUCUCCCUCGAAAUCCCUGUCGUGUACUCCAGCUGCACCGGAGCACAGUAAUUUGAAAGCGCCGGUCCUUCACAGCAACGCUCUGUACCUCGCACUCGCCUUCUGGACACUGCUGUCACUGCUGCUGGUGGCAGCUCUCGCACUCUCGUCAAUAGUUCGAUGGUGGGCCUUGUGGAAUGUUCUCCUGUUCUUCACGAUAUCGACAUUCUCCGAGGGUGCACACCUACUCGAGAUCCGUUUCUUUCAUUUCAAGCGACGCAUCUUGGGGCAGUCUAUUCAGCAUCGUAUGAAGAAUGGAAAAACAGAGGCGUGUAAACAGAACUGAUAUUACCAUCUCAUAGAGAAUAAAACUACUGGCACACUCUCUGUCUCUGAAAAAGUGUCUUACAGCAUUUUAAACAGCUAUGUUUACUGUUUCUUUUUAAAGAUGUACUUUGAGGGCAACAAAAUUUCAUUCAUCUCUUUAUUUCUUGACAAAAAGGAUGCAAAUUCGUCAGAGAAACUUACUGCCUGUGCUGGACGUGAAAUACAAAAACAAAAGAAAAAAAUUCUUUUUAAUAAUUGACAUGGAAUUUUUUUCUUACGGCAGCAAUAAAGAACAAUGUUUUCUGGUGAUAAAAACUCAGACAUCUAUGAGUCAUUUCAUUAAUUACUUUUAAAAGAGUUUUAUGACACUAACAAAUAGGUUCAUAGAUUCAGAAAUGCUCAUGCUGAAAUGACACAAUAUUCUUAGUGUAUACCGUACUCAUAUGAAUUUUCUGUGGAUGUAAUCACAAACUGAUGUACAACAAAAAUUCACAUGUUGCAGCAAUAAUAUUUUAUCACUGACUACCCUUCAGUAGCUUUCUGAUUGUUGUAGAAAAGAAGUAUGUUUUUUAAGCAGGUAUCAUAUUAUAACCGUAUAGACUUUGCAGCAAAAUAGUUUAUAACAAAUUUAGUUACAUAAGCUUAUAUUGUGGCAAAAGUGAAAGUUACUUGUGGAAAUUAUAAAGUUACAGGGAAGCAGAAUGACUGGACAGUACUUAGCCACAAUAGAUGAGGAUUUCAGUACUGCCAAUAGACGCAUAUUAAAAAAGUAAAAGAAACUAUCUUAACUUUUAGAAGUAUCAGUUUGUUCCUCAGUGAGGGAGUGGAAUAGGUGGGAAGGGUUAGAAAUGGAGUGCAGGAUGAGAGAGAGAGAGAGAGAGAGAGAGAGAGAGAGAGAGAGAGAGAGAGAGAGAGAGAGAGAGAGAGAG